AUUUCCCAGAAUCUGUGGAUCAGACUCAAUUCGGAGAAAACGAAACUGAGUGCAGUGAGUACGUGGCAUCUUUCGACAGAGCCACACCUUGCAUUUCCCAGACUAUGCAGGUAUCUCACUGGGGACUGACUCCAACGUUCUCACUCCUGGAGAGAGCUCGGACUGAGCGAGAGGGUCUGAUCCCAGCUGGAUCUGUCCAGGACCAUCUUCCUGUCUCCUUGCUGCCAGCCCAGGUUACACCAGCUCAUCACCAGGUACUGCCUCCUCUGUCUGUGUGUGUGAGAGACUCAGAUAUACCAUGGCCACUGGCAGCAGGGUGUCGAAAUUGAAGGAUAUGUUUGAGACAAAUGCUGAGGAACAAGUUGAUCAAAGAAGGCAGCGUAGCUUUGAGAAGUAUCAGACUUCAACGGCUCUCUCUGAAGAGUCUAAUCUGACAAAGUUGAGUCAUCUUCAACUGGAUCCAGCUGGUGAUGAGGCAAUGCUGUCAGAUCUGAAAAAGUCUGGGAGUGACCAUAUUUUCUCCAAUGCAAGGAAAUUCAUGGCUUUGUUUAAGACAGGCGGAUUAGACUCAGUCAUUCUUGAAAUACAGUCAGAAUUGAAGAGGUUUCAGGAUACAGUGGUUCACAUUGCAGUGACCGGAGAAUCAGGCACUGGGAAAUCAUCUUUCAUUAACGCCUUACGGGGUGUCAGUGACACUGAUAUGGAAGCUGCUGGAAUAGGUGAAAUGGAAACAACCAUGGAACCUACAAAGUAUAAGUAUCCGAACCGGGUCAGAGUGGCUAUCUGGGACCUUCCUGGGAUUGGAACACCGAAUUUCCAAGCUGCCACGUAUUUGGAGCGUGUGGAGUUUGACCGAUAUGAUCUCUUCCUAAUCGUCAGCACCACUCGCUUUAAAGAGAACGAUAUGUUCCUGGCUAAGGCAAUUCAGGAGAGGGGAAAGAAAUUUUAUUUCAUCCGCAACAAGAUAGAUCAAGAUUUGAAGUCUAAGGAACGACGCAGCAUGUCACAAUAUGACCAGAAGGAAGCUCUCAGGGAAUUAUACAAAUCCUCCUUGGACAAUUUAACAAAGGGCGGGAUUGAAUCCCCUCAAAUCUUCCUGAUCUCCUGUUGGUACAUGGAGAAAUUUCACUUCGAGGCACUCCUUGAGGUUUUGGAACAGGGCCUUCCAGAUCUCAAGAGACGUCUCUUCUCAUACUCUCUACCCAAUGUCACCUCCAAAGUCAUAGACAGGAAGAAAGUAGUCAUGUUGAGUGAAAUCUGGAAGGAUGCUUUUUACUCAGCUGUAGCUGCUGCGGCCCCAGUCCCGGGUCUGACCACAGCCUACAACAUUACCUCGUUGGUCACAAAACUCUCCCAAUGUCGCGCCGACUUUGGGCUGGAUGAUAAUUCCCUCCGGAGACUGGCAAACAGAAUGAGGAAUAGACCAGAGGAGCUCAAAUUGGUCGUGCAGUCCACAUUUGGGGUGGAGGUGUCUGCAGGACUCAUUCAAAAUGAGCUUUCCAAACUGUCAGGGCCAGUGGGUAAGCUGCAGAAAGCUGUGAAAUACCUGCCUUUUGUUCGGCAGGUGACAGCAGGGAAAAGUACUUAUACCGCAACAUAUUCCUUGCUGAAGACAGCUAUUGAGGAGAUGGCAGAAGAUGCCAAAAGGGUGAUUGUGACAGCCUUCAGUGAGAACUAGUGGGAUGCAGCUGCCUCUGAUUCCAGGAAACUUACCCAAAUGCUCCUCACACCGAUCAGACACAUUUACAAGCACUUCGCUUCGAAUUUAGGGUGCCCUGUAAAGUAGAAUCCUUUCCGAAUUUAGACUCUUGCUUUGAACAUGAGACCUCAUUUAAAGUAGACGCUAGCUUUCAAAAAUGUGAAACAAAUCUCGAGCUGUCGAAAUGCGAGAAAGGUCACGAGAGUGACCAAGGUCAUGAUCUUCCAUUGGAUGGGUAUGAAAGAUUUACCUGGUGCUCUAUGUACCCUCUUAUCAAUGCAGUGCUGGGGAAAUGAAAUUUUAACUCUUCGAUAGAAUGAUAAAGCAACUUCGACUGAAGAGCGGCAAGUGGAGAAGACCAGAAGAAACGAGAAGCCUGCGCAGUCACUCUGAGAUCAUCGCUGAUCCUCAAUUCCACAUUUGUGGCCUUCUACCAUAACCCUGGAUAUUUUUUCUGAUCAGAACUCUUGAUGGCUCAGCCUUGAAGACACUGAAUAACCCAGCCUCAAUGGUCCUCUGUGGUACUCUCUGAGAGAGGAAAUUCCUCCUCAGCUCUGUCCCAAUUGGGUGAUUUCUUACUCUGAGAUGAUGCACUCUGGUCCUAGACUCUCUCACAAAGGGGAAACAGUCUUUCCACAUCUACCCUGUUAAUUCCAAUAAGAAUCUGUUAUGUUUCAAUAA